CAUGCAUGCUUCUCGCUGUCGCCAAUAGGGCAAUGAAUAGGCUACACAUCGACAUCAAUGGAAGCCUGAUAAAUAGUUUGACCACCCUUUAUCAGCAGAAAAAGAAAGGGACAGUAUUUCUCUGGACCAUAUAGCCUACACCUGGCAUUUUUUUCUUCUCAAACAAGAGCAGAUACAGUAGGUGACUCUGUGCCCUAUGACAGAGUGUUCUUCAGUGUUACCUCAAUUCCAGGAGUCCCAGCAGGACAUGGACGGGGAGUCAAGGCGUUCAGAACAUCACCAACAGCCCAUGACACCGAGACAGUUUCAGGACUGGCGGAAUAGUCUAGGCAAGAGUUCAGCACCAGACCAGGAUAGACUGAACCUGCAAGGUCUUGACCAGGGUCCAGCACAAGACAAGGAAACACUGCCAGGUCAUGACCAGGGUCCAGCACAAGACAAGGCAACACUGCCAGGUCAUGACCAGGGUCCAGCACAAGACAAGGAAACACUGCCAGGUCUUGACCAGGGUCCAGCACAAGACAAGGAAACACUGCCAGGUCAUGAUCAGGGUCCAGCACAAGACAAGGAAACACUGCCUGGUCUAGAACAGGGUCCAGCACAAAAUAAGGAAACACUGCCAGGUCAUGACCAGGGUCCAGCACAAGACAAGGAAACACUGCCAGGUCAUGAUCAGGGUCCAGCACAAGACAAGGAAACACUGCCUGGUCUAGAACAGGGUCUAUCAAAAGACAAGGAGAGACCGCAAGGUCUAGACCAGGGUUUAGUGCAAGAUGAGGAAACACUGCAUGAUUUUAAACAGGGACCAGCACAAGACCAGGCGAGUCGGAAUUACUUCCAUCAAGUCCAGGAUCAGGAUCGUUCACUAGGCUCCAAUAAAUGCACAACAGAAGAACAGGAUCCUUCCAUAAAGGUCUCAGUCCAGGAUGAGGAUCCACCAGGGAACCAGGACUAUCAAUGUAAUUUAGACCUGGAGCAAUGCACAGCUCAUAGCGCAGACCAGGGUGAAAACAGGCUGAGUGGUGUGAACCAGGAUCCAGUAUAUUUUGGUCCCGCACAAGACCACAGAAGCCCUCAUGACAUCCCCAUUCUGGUAUCAGCUGGGAACCAGAACCAAACACAGGACUCAAUCCAUGAUCUAGCUGGUGGAAUGGAUCUACCACACUGCACAGAUCCAAAUCCAACCCCAAAACAGGACCAAGAGAAACUGCUUGGGACAGACCAGGAGCAGGCCCUAGUGGACCCAGAUAGACGACUUAACCCAAACCAGGACCACACCACAGAUGAGGCUUGUGGGGAAGAUGCGGCAGGGGAACAAGGCGCCUGUAUCCCAGCGGUGGUGAUCACUCAGACAGAAGGGAGCCGGGGGCCAGUGGUGAAUCAAGUUGGAGAGACAGCGCCAGAGGUAACGGAGAGAGUGGAGGCUGGACCACUGUGGCCACAGACACCAGCAGAGAGGCCAGAGAUACCAACAGGACCAGAGAGACCACAAGAACUAGCAAUCGCAGCCAUGAUUCCAGUGACCACUUUAGACCUCAGCCCCAGUCCUCUCAGUGCAGACCUCAGUCCCAGCCUCAUCGAAGGGGGGGACCUACUGGCCUGCUGUGAUCUGCUGUCCCUGAAGAGUGACACUGUGUCCCUGGCCAGGAGCGAGGGAUAUGUCCAGGAAGAAGAUACAAGAAGUGUGGCUGCAUCCUCUGUCAUGUCUGUGUUCCCCAGGAUUCAGUUGGAUCCUCUGGAGAAGGACUGGCUACGAUCCUGUGCCCUGGGGAACACAGCUGCUCUCCGACAGCUCCUCACACAGGACCCCAGCCUGGCCUCAAAGAAGACGGCGCUUCACUGGGCAACCAAGCAAGGCUGCGUGGAGACUGUGGACAUGAUGGCUCGCACCGGCGUGGACGUCAACAUCAGAUCGGUGAGCGAACGCCGCAGUGACAGGUGGUGUCGGGCUGUGAAGGGUCAAUGA